AUGGCGGAUUAUCGUGGACCGGCUUCUCGGCCCUCCCGCGCCCCGUUGGGUGAUGCGACUGCUCGCAUAAACAAUACAUCCUCGAUGCAUUCAACCAAGUCAACUCAAGCUCAGGUUCCUCAACCUAACCCUCUCAGAGCUCAUCCCACCAAUUUAGUGCGCCAACAUACCAGCUCAGACCCAAGUGCUACUUCAAAGCAUGACAACCCGCGAGCGCCUACUAAGGUCAAUUCUCGCGCUCCGGUAAUUCCACAGAAUACCACAGACAACAAGCGAAACUCCCAAGCUUCGACUACCACAGUGACAACCUCUGGUGGUGAGCGCCGUAAAACUCAUAUCGGGCCAUGGAAACUGGGAAAGACUUUGGGAAAUGGUUCGGCCGCCCGGGUUCGGUUGGUAAAACACAAUAUUACAAACCAGCUCGCCGCCGUAAAGAUCCUCUCUAGAAACGGCAAUUCAAUGAUGCAGCCGGGCAGUAUAGCCGCCCUUGACAGAUGGGAUCGCACCCGCGCAGAGUACAAAUCCGAGAAUCGAAUCCCAUUCGUUAUUGAAAGAGAAGUGGCUAUUAUGAAGCUGAUCGACCAUCCGAAUAUCGUGAAACUCUACGAUAUAUGGGAGAACCGAUCAGAAAUCUAUCUUGUCCUUGAAUACGUAGAACAGGGGGAUCUCUACAGUUACCUUGCUAGAUCUGGCCCAUUAGCCGAGGACGAGACAAUGUACUUUUUCCGUCAGAUACUUGAUGCUUUGGAAUACGUCCACUCGUUCAACAUAUGCCACCGUGAUCUAAAGCCGGAAAACAUACUUCUCACCAAGGACUACCGGAUCAAGAUUACCGACUUCGGUAUGUCCGCUAUGCAUCAAGGCCCAAACCACUUACUGAAGACUGCCUGUGGAAGUCCGCAUUAUGCUGCUCCUGAACUCAUGAACCGUAGCUACUACCGGGGCGACAAAACAGACAUUUGGAGUCUUGGUGUUAUACUUUAUGCUUGCAUGUGCAAUGUUCUCCCCUUUGAGGACGACAAUGUUCAUUUACUGCUUGCAAAAAUCAAAAGGGGCCAGUACCAUAUGCCCUCUUUCAUCGGCCGCGAAGCUAGGGACCUAAUUGGCAGACUGCUAACGUUAAACCCCGACGAGCGUAUCUCCAUUCGAGAGAUUUGGCAACAUCCUUUACUUCGUCGGUAUGAUUACUUGGAUAAGCUCAAUGAUGGAGAACGUGCCCAUGGUUAUACACGGGACGCUCGAUACGAUCCGGUACCGGCAGACGAGCUUGAUAUGCAGACUCUAAGACAGUUAAAGUCCGUGUGGCAUACGUUUGAUGAAAAGCAACUAGCAUCAAAGCUAGUAAGCCCCGAACGCAACGAGUUCAAGACGUUCUACUGGCUCCUCUACAGCUAUAGGGAGAAGAGAUUGGAAAACUACGGUACAGAGUUAACAUACUCCGCGAGCGACUACCACCAUCUACAGCCCCCUAAUUGGAAGAAGAAGUAUACUACUUUGGAUUUUCCGGCCAAGAAUGGACGAUCUAUGUCGCGAUUCACCGUUAUCUCCAAUAUUGCCACCGAUAAGAAUGGUGAGCCUCUGGAGAGAUCUUCUAUGGAUUGCGGUGCCACCAUCCAAAGCUACGAUCCAUACAAAUCUUCCCGCGUUCUAGAUGAUGUCGUAGCCAGCCAAGCGAAGAUCGUAAUCCACCGCAACGGCACCACGUCUACGCGAAACUCACAAGCCCCAAGCAUACGAAGUAGGUCAGCCAGGACUAACUCCACGUAUUCGCGACGUGGAACAGGUGGAAAGCACAUGAAAGCGCCACCUACUCUACGUGGCUCACGACGUUCUCUAAAUUCAAUACAAAGUGGCGAGGAGAUUUCAUAUAAGCGGUCCGCCUCACGUCGCAAACGCGGAGUUAACUUCUCGCGUGCGCAUAGACAAUUAACUAGUCAAAGCGAAGCAGAAUGUAGUCCCACCAAUGUCACGGUACACAGCACCACCUAUGGCCAAAUUCCCUCAACCCCGACAGGUUCCAAUAAGAAGAAGAGGUUAUCUAAGAAUCGCGAAGGAACCCGAUCAGGCACACAGAUCUCCGAAAUGGCCCAGGCUAAAGAUGAUGGUCUAUGUUGGAAUGAGGAGCUACGCCAAUUCAGCAAUACCAUUGCAAAAGAUUGUGAUGAUGCUUUCAAUAGUACCCUCCUAAGUCAAGAGUCUUACCUAGGCGAGUCUCCAUUUUCCGAGACAAAAACUAUCUUGACUUCUACCAGCACUCCAGCUCCAGCCACACAAGGAGCAAGAGAAAUGAGAGUCAACGCACAGCCACGGGAGUCAUGGCCAUUGCCGACAUCUUCUAAAGAUUUGGACGUGCAUAGGUAUGUAACAGCGAAGAGAACUGAUCAGGUUAGGGGCAGUAUACCCGAACCCACGGGGCAAGGAGGCAAGAUGGUUUCGCAACGCAAUCGACCUGGCCAGUCCGGUAGGCCCUUUGAGCAGGCAGGAACAGAGCGUAGAAUCGUAUCGGCUCCUAUCUACUCGCAGUACAGCACACAAUGGGGCAAAGAUAAAAUACCCUUACCGGCUAUUAACGAGGGUGCAAAGGAAGAUGACUCGUUUGAAGAUGGAGAUAGACUACGAGUCGUUUCCGCGCCUGCCGAGUCUUCACCAGCCCGUCAUGCACCAGCUGAAGAGGGUGCGGGCUUAGAACACCUGGCCCAAAUUGUGGACACAAUCCGCCUAGUCGAUUCUCCAUCUAAUCGGCGUCGCAAAAUCAUGGUCCCGGUCGCAUCUGAUUAUCACAAGGAGUUAUCCCAGGGUGUGAAAGAGAUUCCGCAGGUGCGACAAGAACUUACCCUUCGUCAGCAGUAUGCAGAGGACGAGGUAAAAGUACCCGGUUCCAACGAGCCCUCUGACGAGCCCGCCAAGCCUACCAUGCGAGAUAGGACGGAUUCUACUACCACAAUUAAGAAGAAAUCGUCGUGGUUUAAGCGCAGCUCUAAGGAAAAAUCCGAAUCAUCAGAUAGCUCCAGUUGGGGGAACAUUGAUGCCCUUAACCACACGGAAACUAACUCAUCGGCCAACCCUGCCGCGCAGCCUGCGAAGAAGAGGAGUUUCCCUUUCGCGUUCUGGCGUGGUAACAAAGAGCAAUCCCAGUUCAAGGUCUCGCUUGCGGGUCCUGAGGUCAAUGAUUCCUCUAACUCCGAGCCUCCUCGAGCAUCUAGUCGCUCAUCUCAUCGGCUACAGACUAAGAAAUCGCAGGAGAAAUCCGGAGGCCGCAAUAUCGAGCCCCAGCAGAACUGGCUGGCUCGUUUGUUCCGGGUUAAACCCGCAACUAGAUACAUUUGCUUCUCAAUGCCCCGUCGCCAUGUGAGACAAGAAAUUGUCAAUUUGCUGAAAGGAUGGCGUCGUCACGGCAUGAGGGAUGUCGUGGUUGACAAGGAACGUAACCUUGUCUUUGCACGAGUUGGUAAUAAGAAUGAUCUCGAAUUGAAGGAAGCUUCCUUCGCAGCGGAGAUCAUGACGGUCAUCGAACAUGGCAGGCGUAAUCAGCUCUGCAUUGUUCGAUUCACGCAAGAACGUGGGGCUGCUUCUACGUUUAAUAGGGUGAUAGAUGCGAUGGGCAGCGUCUUCCUCUCGCGAGGUCUACUCAUCGUCGACAAGUACAAGAUCAAGAUGAUGAUCAAGACACUCAACUCGUGA